AUGCCCGGGAUAGAGAAGCUACCUCUCGAAGAGACGUUGGAGGACAGCCCGCAGACACGGUCUCUGCUGGGUGUGUUCGAGGAGGACACGGCGGUUAUGUCCAACUACUGCACCAUGCUUUAUCAGGCUAUGCACAGGAUUUUUGAUGCCCAGGUCGAGCUGAGCGCCGCAACACAUCUCGCCUCCACUUUGCUUAAAGAAUACGACAAACAGCGUUUUCCUUUAGGGGGCGAUGACGAAGUGAUGAGCUCCACUCUGCAGCAAUUUGCGAAAGUCAUUGACCAACUAAGCUCCUGUCACGCCGUCCUGUCCACCCAGCUGGACGACGCCAUGAUGUUCCCUAUAACGCAGUUCAAAGAGCGAGACCUCAAGGAGAUCCUAACGCUGAAGGAAGUCUUCCAAAUGUCCAGCGAUGAUCAUGACACGGCCAUCAACCGAUAUAGCCGCCUGUCCAAAAGGAAGGAUAACGACAAGAUGCGCGCCGAGGCUGUUGAGGACGUCUACACAUCUCGCAAGAAGCAGCACCACACCAUGAUGCACUACUUCCGCUCCCUCAACACGCUGCAGUACAAGAAGAAGACGGCGCUGCUGGAGCCGCUGCUGGGAUACAUGCAGGCGCAGAUUAGUUUCUUCAAGAUGGGCUCAGAAAACCUCAGCCAACAGUGGGAGGACUUCCUGGCCACCAUCGGGACCAGCGUACAAAAUGUGCGUCGUGAGAUGGAGCAGGAGGCGGGCCACAUGCAGGAGACCAUCGAAGAGAUGGAGAGGUCGUGCGACCCGCUCUACGCCCCUUGCGACCCGGACCAGGUGCACUCGCCCGUUUGCCGCAACCUCACCCAAAAGCAGGGCUACCUCUACAUUCGCAAUAGGACGGGUCUGGUGUCCACGUCAUGGGAGCGCCAGUACUUCUUCACCCAGGGCGGAAACCUGAUGCAGCAGGGCCGAGGCGAAGUGGCCGGCGGCCUGGUCACCGACCUGGACAAUGCAUCUGUCAUGGCCGUCGACUGCGACGACAGACGCUUCUGCUUCCAGGUCACGGCCUUCGAUGGCAAGAAAAUGGUGACCCUGCAGGCAGAGAGCAGGAAAGACUGCGAGGAGUGGAUCGCCACCAUCAACAACAUCUCCAGACGCAUCUACCUGAGUGAGAACGCGGAGGAAGUGGCGGCCAGAGUCAACCAAUCAGCUAUUGAAGCGGUCACGCCGUCGCCGUCCUUCCAGCAGAGACACGACAGCAUGCGGCCCGCCAGGGGGAGGAACAAGGGCCACACCGUCCGAACGGGAAGCAUCAGCUCGCUAGGUUCCGAGCCGUCACCCGCCCUUUCCGCCCUUUCCUUGGACGCGCUGGUCGCCCCGGAGAUGCCCAUCCAGUUUGACAUCAUCUCUCCCGUCAGCGAGGAGAACGCCGGGCACGGCAAGACAGCGGCGCAGGCUGGCAGAAGAAGCAAUCCGUUCGGGGAGUCCGGUGACAGAACAGAGGACAGUGAAGACUCGAUCCUGCACCAGCUCUUCAUCGUUCGCUUCCUGGGCUCCAUGGAGGUGAAGAACGCCGAGUCGGCCGACGUCAUCCCCGAGACAAUGAGGCAGAUCUUGGCGGCGCGCGCCAUUCACAACAUCUUCAGGAUGACCGAGUCGCACCUGCUGGUCACCUGCGACUCGCUCAAACUCAUCGACCCACAGACGCAAGUGACCCGACUCAGGUUUCCUCUGUCCAGCGUACUCCAGUCGUCGUCCCAUCAGGACAACAAGCGGCUUUUGGGAAUCAUUUUGCACGCCGCCGGCCGAGCCGUCUGCUACAUCCUGGAGUCCAACGAUGACGGCGAAAAGAUCUGCGACAGCAUCGAGCUAGCCAAGCAGAUUGCGCUCCACUCUGCCUUGGACCGCAAGGCAGCGGAGCAACGCAAGGAGCAGGACAAAGCCAAAGAGAAACAGCAGGAGGAGCUUAGCAAGCAGAGACAGAUUGAGAAGGACCUGGAGGAGCAAAGCCGCCUCAUCGCCGCCUCUAGCCGUCCCGCCAACCCCUCCGGUGCCGACGGACAAUUUGUGGUGCUAAGCAACAGCCAAUCGGAAGACAGCGACGCCGGCGGGGAAGACGGGAAGAAGAAAGACGAGUCGGACGCCUAG